AUGGGUAAACACUCUCGCACAAAGAUGCCACCAUCGAAGACACUCAGUCGAAAAGAAAGGAGAAAAGAGGAAAGAAAGCUUAAAAAGGCCAGAAGAGAUGCAUUUGCUCAGCGUAAAUUUGACGUAAUCAAAACACUGAAAAAUGUUGAUACGGCUUUCAAAGCCAAGUGUCAACAAGAAAAAUUAGAAAGACUUAAGCUAAAAAAGAGCAAGAAGAAAGUAGAAAAGAAAGAGGAGAAAAAAGCCGUGGACAAUUCCAGAGUUGAAGGACUGCGGCUUGCAAUUCAGCGAGAUGAAAAAGAGUUAAAACAAUUAGAAAAGCAUUUGAAGUUUAGAAAAAAGAAAGGAAAAACAAAUAUACCUUCUUCAUUUGUCACUGAUGGGCUGGACUACAUCUUAGAAGCAACUGACUCUGAGAAAAUUAAAACAUUUGAGGAUGUCACUGCUGACAUCAUGAACAGCAAAGACAGCUCAGACUCUGAAACUGAUUCUGACAUAGAAGCACUCUUGGGACAAGAUGAUGAAUCAGAUAUUGAGGAGGAAGAACCUGAUUCAAGUCUAGUAUGGGAUCCAUCAGCCAAAGCUACAAAAUCCAUUCUUAAAGUUAAGACAAAGAAACCCCAAGCACAGGACAAGAAAGUGAAAUUUGCCAAGGUUGAUGACAUUGAUGAUGAAAAUGGUAACCAGGAUUCUGAUGAGGAAGAUGAUGAUACUGCUGAAGAAGAUGAAAAGGAUAUUGAUGAUACUGAUGAAGAGGAUGUGGAUGCAUCUGAGGAAUCAGCUAGUGGUGUGAUGUCUGAUGAAAAAGAUGUCAGUGACGAUGAUGACUGUAUCCAAGAAGACAAACUGCCUGAGUUGGGCGUAUCUAAAAAACAUAAAAGAGAUGAGGAAUCUGAACUGAAAGAAGAUAUCUAUGGCCGGCUGAGAGAUGCUCAGGGCAAUGUGGUAAAACCAGGUGCUGCAGGAGCAUAUGUCCCUCCAGCGAAAAGAGCUAUGAUGGCAGGGGCCCCGAAUGAAGCACUGCAGAAAAGACUCAAGGGCUUUGUUAACAAAGUCAGUGAGGGCACCAUUCAAGCAAUCAGUUCUCAGGUAGAGGCUUUAUACUUAGACAACAGCAGAGCAGACGUCAACGAAACGUUGACUGGACUCAUUAUGGAGGCAGUUGUGACACCAGUGCUUUGUCCUGAGAGACUGGCAGAAGAACUGGCCAUGCUGGUGGCAAUCCUCCACAGUAAUGUGGGGUCUGAAGUGGGAGCAUUUGUUCUACAAAAGUUGAUCAGAAAAUUUGCAGAUUUACUUCUUGAAUCAGAUUAUGGAGCAGGAAAACUGAUGGAAAAUACAUUACUUCUGAUUGCCAAUAUUUACAACUUUAAGGUAACUCAUUCAAAACUGAUAUUUGACAUCAUGGAGAAAUUUAUGCUAUCUUUUGGAGAAAGAGAUAUUGAACUGCUACUACAUGUACUAAAAGCUGUUGGAUUUAGUUUGCGCAAAGAUGACCCUGCCCGGUUAAAACAGGCCAUCCUGGAUAUUCAGGCAAAAGCUCAUUCUGCUGAGAGCUCUGGUACCGAUGGUUUGAAGUCGAGGAUUCGGUUUAUGCUGGAUGUGCUGAUGGCGAUUAAAAACAACAACAUGCGCAAGAUACCUGGCUAUGAUUCAACUCACCUAGAACAUCUGAGGAAAAUUAUCAAAAACUUUAUGAAAGGUCAUGGAUUGGGAGAGGACCAGUUGACAAUUAGCCUUGAAGAUCUAUUGAAAGCUGAUCAUUCUGGGAAAUGGUGGAUUGUGGGCUCUGCUUGGGAAGGACGUAAGGACUCUAUUGAGAACAUCAAAGAGGCCAAAUCAAAGGUGGAGACAUCAGUGGUUGGUACAGUGACCAAACAGCUGCUCACGCUGGCAAAACAACAAGGCAUGAACACAGAUAUCCGCAGACAUAUUUUCUGUAUACUUGGGACAAGUGAGGACUUUGAAGACGCCUUUUCAAGGCUACUGCGGUUAGGACUUAAUCGCACCCAGGAAAGGGAGAUAAUCCAUGUAUUAGUUCAUUGCUGUUUGAAUGAGCGCACAUACAACCCAUUUUACAGUUUCCUGGCCCAGAAAUUCUGCACGUUUGACAGAAGAUUCACAAUGACUGUGCAGUUCACUAUGUGGGACAAGUUUAAAGAAAUUGAUUCCAUCGAUACAGUCGCUAGGAAUAAUUUGGGCCAGCUGCUAUCCCAUCUUCUCGUGACAAAGUCCCUUUCUUUGUCAAUUUUCAAGGUUGUGGAGUUUGGUAUGGAGAGCAAGAAGAUGAUUCGGUUGAUGGCACAGGUCCUGACUGAGGUUCUCAGCAGCUCCAAGGAGACUACAGUGUUGGAAAUAUUUGAGCGUAUAGCGCCAUUCCCCAAACUCAACACACUGAGGCAUGGAUUACAGGUGUUCAUGAAAGUUCAUCUCAAGAACAAGGGCUUGCCAGAAUCUACUAGAGAAUUAUUACAAGAGAGGAUAGAAAAAGCAGAUUCUGCCAUGUUUAGUCAUCAGGCUUCCAAUAUGUUGUUGUAG